AUGAUCAAGAUGUUGGACGCCGGUGCUUACAAGGACUUGGACUGUAGCUUGAUGGCCCAUCCCGGAAACAACGCAUACGGGGCAUGGGCCAGAACUCUUGCUUCCUGGAGAGCCAACGUCACCUGGACUGGAAGUGAGUCCGCUCAGCUGAUGGUAACCGAUCGAAUUCACCAUGUCAUCAAAAACACCGACAACCUCGUCACGAAUGUUAUCCCGGACAGAGUAGAAAGUGAAUGGGGCGUUCGUGACUACUGGGACCAGAACCCUAGCUUCCAACUAGCCAAAAACUACUAUGGCAACCUGAUCGAGUACUUUGACCCAUCAAAAGACGAGACUACCUCGAAAUUCAGCAUCCACACUCCGGAAGAAGAAGUUGAAGCUGGAGGCAGCCCAUCGGCCUCAUCUGAUCAGGGCAACGUUUCGUGGUUCCUGCCAUCCAUCCAAGUGGGAUUCCCUAUCGGUGGCAGCGCGCCGAAGCAUAAUCCUGGAUUUACCAAGGUCGCCGGCACUGACUUUGCUUUCGAUCAAGCGAUCAUUACUGCCAAGGCUCUGGCUUUGACCGGUCUCGAAGUGCUACAAAAUGCAACUUUCGCGGAGAAUAUGAAGAAGGAGUGGGAGGAAAUGUUUGCCAAAUUGCAAUUCUAG